AUGACUAAAAGCUUGAAGAAUGCAUCGGCAAAGGAACAAUCCACACCCAAGGCAUUGGGAAAAGAUUCAACAAAGUCCUUACAAAAAGAGAACACCGAUAAAGAUUCAGACACUUUAAAGGCUAUCCAGAUCUGCAAGAACCUCCAGGCUCUAAAUAUGACCCCCAAGGAGUUUAUCAUCCCGGCUAUGAGUCAACCUUACACCUGGUUGAAUGCAUUCGAGAUAAAUUCAAACACAAAGCUGAAGGCGAAGGUUGGUGGACCAAGUUCAUUCAGAAAGAAGUAA